GAGUAUAAAUGAAGCGCUGCAGCUCUGCUACAACAGAUCAACCGGACCACAAGAGAAAUCAGCAUUUGCUCCAAAGAAAGGAUAUCAUACCUUUUUAAUAAAAAAAAAGAAAUCAGCAUUUGCUCCAAAGAAAGGAUAUCAUACCUUUUUAAUAAAAAAAAAAAGAAAUCAGCAUUUGCUCCAAAGAAAGGAUAUCAUACCUUUUUAAGAAAAAUAAGGAUAUUUUACCCUUUAUAAAGAAGAAGAAAAAGAAGAUGACUCCCAGCAGGAUCCUGUUCGUCUUUCUGUCUCUCAGCCUGUACAGCUCAGCCUCCUCACUGAGCUGCAGGUGGAUGGAGCACAGGUUCAGACAUUUCAGUGAAAAGACUUUUAAACUACUGGAUACAAUGGCUAAUAACUCCACUAACACCACUGAGGAUGCUAAAGUGGAGGACACUGUGGCCUUCCCUGAUCAUCUGUACAACCAGGCGUCCAAAGCUUCAGCUGAGGACAAACUGUUUUUCAUGGCUCAGGUUCUGGAGGAGAUGGUUUCUCUGUUUGAGGAGGAUCACAGCGCUGCAUCAUGGGAGGAGAACACGGUGGAGAAGUUCCUCAUUCUUCUGAGCCGCCAGGCUGACGGCCUCCGCUCCUGUAUUGGGAGCCACGGCCACAAGAAGAAAAGCAAGAAGCUGCACCUGUACUUCCAUAGACUCCUCCACCAUGUCCUGGAGAGGAUGGAGUACAGUGCUGAAGCCUGGGAACUGAUCAGGAUAGAGAUGAAAACCCAUCUGAUGAGAGCAGAGAUAGAGCUGGCUGCACCUCUGCUCAACAACUAA